AUGGACUGCCGGGUGUGCAUGGCGGGCGGUGACGUGUGGAUGAGGGGUCAGAUCGGAGGGAAUUUCAGCCAUGAGAGCGAGCACGACCUCGCUUUAAUGGUCACAGAUUUCUGGGAAAAUGGUAGCGCCGGAGCUGAGUCUUGGUGCAGCAGCGACAGCGAUUCUGCUCUUUCCGAUCUCGCUCACCUCGCUGAUAAAAUUCCGUUUUACAAGCGCUCAGUGGCUCAGUACGAAAAGGACUUGACGUCAGUGGUUCAUUCUCUUAUACUGUCUAUCAGUGAGAACGAUCUUCAUUUUGUGAAGUCAGGUCCAUGCAAUGCCAGCUGCCUCAAGUUUUCUCUGGUUAAGCUUCUGAGGCUUUCUGGUUAUGAUGCUGCCGUGUGUGUGGCAAGAUGGCAGGGCAGUGGCAAGGUCCCUGGAGGGGAUCAUGAAUAUAUUGAUGUGGUCAACUACAACAAUUCGGGGAGCUCGGAGCGUCUCAUCAUUGACCUUGAUUUCCGAAGCCACUUUGAAAUAGCUAGAGCUGUUCACUCGUAUGAUAGAAUAUUGAAUUCACUACCGGUUGUUUAUGUGGGCUCCUUGACUAGGAUGAAACAGUUUCUUCAAGUUAUGGUUGAAGCUGCUAGAUCUUCCCUGAAGCAGAACUCAAUGCCUCUACCUCCAUGGAGAUCACUUGCUUAUUUGCAAGCGAAAUGGCAGUCACCCUACCAGAGAGAGUUUAAUCUAGAUGAAGAGAAUGCUAAUGGUGCCUACUCUUCUGACCACAAGCAAUGUAGUGGACAGUUGAAGAUGCUGCAGUCUCUGCUUCAGUCUGAAAUUGAAACAGAUAGAAUGUUGAAGCCCAUAAACAAUGAUCAUAUUAGGAGACACAAGCCUGAUAGGCGGAGGCACUCUUUGUUCAGGACUCAUUGA